ACGUCUACAGUGAUAGCAGGCUUUGACAUCACUUGAACUUGCCUAAAGAUCGUGUAAUUUUUCAGAUCAAGAUGGUGCAGCGCCUGACUUACCGACGUAGGCUUUCCUACAACACUGCUUCAAACAAAACCAGACUAUCUCGUACGCCAGGUAACCGAAUUGUGUACUUGUAUACCAAGAAGACUGGCAAGGCACCCAAGUCGGCAUGUGGAAUCUGCCCCGGUAGACUGCGUGGUAUCCAUGCUGUGAGACCUCAGGUACUUAUGAGACUCUCAAAAACCAAGAAGCAUGUCAGCCGAGCUUAUGGUGGUUCCAUGUGUGCCAAGUGUGUACGAGACAGGAUCAAACGAGCUUUCCUAAUUGAGGAGCAGAAAAUUGUGGUCAAAGUACUGAAGGCCCAGGCACAAAGCCAGAAGUCGAAGUAGAAGUUGAUUUGUACUGUUUAAAUAAAAUAAU